CAUCUUAAACGAGCACAGAUCUUCUCGCUCAGCCAUGUCGGUCCGUCGCAGCAGUAAGACGUUCACCACUCAGAGUGUGUUCGGGUCAUCUUCCUCUGGUGCCCUGGUCAAGAGCUCAGGGGCCUCUAUGUCUUUUGGUGCACAAAACUACGCUGGGGGCUUUGGUGGCCGUAUCUCCAGAUCUUUGUCCACUUCAUCCUUGACGACGGCUGGUUAUGAGCUCACGCUGCAUGGCAAUGAGAAGCAGACCAUGCAGAACCUCAAUGACCGCCUGGCUUCGUACCUGGAGCGGGUGCGCACUUUGGAGCAGGCCAACAAGAAACUUGAGCUGCAAAUUAAGGAGUUUUACGACAACAAGAGGCCGAUGCAGAGCAAAGACAUGAGUGCUUAUUUCAAAACCAUUUCAGAGCUCCGCACGCAGAUUAACAGCCAUUUCUUGGAGAACGCUGGGCUCCGUCUGAAGCUGGACAACACUCAGCUCGCAGCUGAAGAUUUUCAGAUGAAGUAUGAGAUGGAAAUGAAUGUGCGCGCGACCGUGGAAGCGGAUUCGGCUCGACUGCGUGGGGUCCUGGGAGAGAUCAAACUCUCCAUUGGAGAUCUAGAGAACCAGUUUACCGGGCUGAACGAAGAGCUGCUGUACAUCAAGAAGAACCACGAAGAGGAUCUGCAUUUGUUGCGGCAGCAGCAGAGCGGCUCUGUUAACGUGGAGAUGGACUGCGCCGCUCAGUCAGACAUGGACAAGGAGCUGCAGGAGAUGAGAGCGCAGUACGAGAUGCUUAUUGAGAAAAACCGCAGAGAGGCUGAAAGAUGGUUCCAGAGCAAGGCGGAGGUUCUGCAAACUCAGGUGACAUCCAGCCAUACUGAAAUCAAGACGUCUCAGACGGAGCUCACUGAUCUGAAGAGAACUUUCCAGAGCCUGGAGAUAGAGCUACAGGGGGUUCUCGCAAUGAAACAAAAUCUGGAGCAGAGUUUGGCUGAUGUUGGCAUGCGUUACGCGGCCCAGCUCAGUCAGCUGCAAUUGCGCAUAGACCAUCUGCAGGAGGAGCUACAGAGACUCAAUGCCAACAUCCGACAGCAGGCUUCGGAGUAUCAGAUACUGCUGGACAUCAAGAUGAGGCUGGAGAUGGAGAUCGCCGAGUACAGGAGGCUGCUGGAUGGAGAAGCUCACACGACCUUCAUAAGCACAUCUGCAUCAUCUACGACUAAAUCCACCGUGACAGAGACAGAAACGGUGACCAAAACGGUGGAGAUCAAGGAAGAGGAAGAGUAUAACCCUCACCUCCAGCGCCGAGUGAAGGUCAUUGUGGAGGAGCUUGUGGAUGGAAGAGUCGUAUCUUCUUCUGUUGAGGAGAAUGUCCAAGAAAUUAGCUGAGAAGAUAAGGCAAAACAGUCUUGCAUAUAAACUACAGUAUAUAUAUAUAUAUAUAUAUAUAUAUAUAUAUAUAUAUAUAUAUAUAUAUAUAUAUAUAUAUAUAUAUAUGUUAGUACUAGGGUGACCAUAUGUUCUCUUUUACCAUGGCUGGGGUUUCUACAUUACCUAAUGUCCUAGGUUUAGUUAGUUGUUUUCAUACUUGUUAAAGAGAAUGACUGAACGGUAGUUUGGCCAAUAACAUGCAGACAUUGAAUAUGAUUAACCAAUCAUGGCUCGCGAGAAAAAGAAGUGUCUUUAGAGCAAUGCAAACAAUUUGAAUAUAUAUAUUUUCUAAGGGCUCUAGAGAGCACAUAAAUAGGAAAAGUGGCAAAAUUAGGAAAUUUAGAUAUCUUAGCCAGGACGUGUAUCGAAAAAAGAUAACUUAUUGUCACCCUAGGUAAUGCAAAUUAAAAGUAUUAAUAUUAAUUAUGUAGAAAUGAGCGGGGAUUGUUGUAAUUGGUGUUUUUCCCUGCACUAAGAAUAAAAUGUAUAACUUAAUUUUGGUGUGUUUCGGAGAUUAGCCACUAGGUGUCGCAGUUGCCUAAUACAUGAAGCGCUCUGUUAUAGCAGGGGUGACACACCUGAAGCAAAUAAUUACGAUCUUCAGAAUCAUUUAAAAAUUAAAGGCAGGUGUGUUUGAUUAGAUUUGAAGCUAAACUUGCCAGGAGCAGGGUUCAGCUGCCCUGGGUUAUAUAUAAUCUUUAAAACAGCUGAGAGUUAGGGAUAUGAGAGAGCAAGUCAGAUCAGAGUGAAUGAAAAUCACAUGAACAUCACUUGUGUCAUUUAAGCUAAAUUGAUUAAAAUGUAAAAUGAAAGACAAAAAUAAAUGAAAUAAAAAUAAUACAAUUUUAAUAUUCCCAAGUACAGAUUUUUAUAAAAAAAAAAUAAAGCUUUUAAACAACAUAUUUAAAUGUAUGCACUUCUACAUAUCUAAAUCUAUUUGUGUAGUAAUGCAGAAUACUGGCCACUAGGUGUCAGAGUACAUUCAGUGUAUGUGCUGUGAUGGGCACACAUGCCAUUCCUGUCAUGCAGCACAUUUUCAUAUACCUUUCAUAUAUCAAAUGCUAAAUGUGUAAAGAUGGAAAUCACAGAAUCCAAUUAAGAAAGCAUAACGUUGAAUUAAAGGAAAAUCACAAUUUUGUUUUGA